AUGGCACCUUUAAAGGAGUCAAAGGCAGCAAAGCACAAUUUGCUCGAUGACUCGGAUGCUAACUCCGACGAUGGCGGGACGGCCGAGUCUGGCUUCAGAGUAAACGAAGAGUUCGCUCGUCGCUUUGAACACAACAAGAAGAGAGAAGAAAGACAUAGACUCGAAGAGAAAUUCAAAAACGACCAAGAGGAUGAUGAAGACUCUUCCGACGAUGAGACCGAGGACGAAAAUGGAUUCUUGGCGACUGAAGAUCUCGACGCCCAGAUUUCCGCCACUCUACAAGCUAUCAAGAACAAGGAUCCCCGAGUCUAUGACAAAGACCAGACGUUCUAUAAGCCCGAAGACCAUACUGCCGACACCAAGAAGGACAAGAAGGAAAAGCCCGUCUUUCUCCGCGACUACCACCGAGAAAAGCUUCUGCGGGGAGAUAUUGGAGCGGAAGACGACGACGAGCUACCCCAGACAUAUGAACAAGAACAAGAAGCAGCCAAGAAGGAAUUUCUUUCCGGCGUGAAGGGCGCGGAGGCGCACAGCGACUCAGACGAUGACGAUGCGUUCAUGAUGAAGAAAAAGUCGGAUGAUGCGUCGGCCAAGUCUUCCAAUGGCGUUCACCCCUCACGGUCGGGCAAGAUCAAGAUUUCCGGGCCUGAUAUUGGCAAUGCCGACAAGGACCCCGAGACCUUCCUGUCCAACUUCAUGGCCGCCAGGGCCUGGGUCGGCGAGGAAGGCGGCCGCUGGAAGGCCUUCGAGUCUGACGACGGCGAGGAAGAUGACGGUGCUGACGAGUUUGAGCAAGCGUACAACAUGCGCUUUGAAGAUCCCGAAAAGAGCAAAGAGGUCCUGCGCUCGUACGCGCGUGAUGUCACCAGCUCCCGCUCCGUGCGCCGCGAGGAAGUCACGGGCCGCAAGCGCCUGCGCGAGCUCCAAAAGGAGCACAAGGUCGAAGAGAAGAAGGGGCGCAGCGAGGAAAAGGCCCGUUUACGCAAGCUCAAGCUCGAAGAGGCCGAGGAGAAGCUGCGCAAGAUCAAGCAGGCUGCCGGCGCGGUCGGCAAGGAGCUGUCAGACGCGGAAUGGAUGAGCUUCCUGGACGGCGCGUGGGACAAUGACAACUGGGAGGAGGAAAUGCGAAAGCGCUUCGGCGACGAUUACUAUGCCGUAAAGGACGACGACAUGGUCGCCGGCGGCGCCGACUUGGAUCCCGAAGACGCGGCGGCGGGACGGUUCUCCAAGAAGAGCAAGCCCAAGAAGCCAAAGUGGGACGAUGAUAUUGAGAUUAACGACAUUGUGCCCGACUUCGAGAGCGAAGAGAUUAAGGCCAAGUUUGCACUAAGCGACGCCGAGGAGGAGCAAGAAGAAGACGAAGAAGAGGCUGCCCCCGUCAAGAAGAAGCGCAAGACGGCCGACAUAAAGAAAGAGCGCAUUGAAGCCCAGAAGAAAUCCAAGAAAGAGCGCGCCAAACUCGAAGCCCUCGUCGACGCCAAGAUGGAGCUCACCGAACACGACCUCCUCCGCGACUCCGCCCGCCUCGCCUCCGCCUCCGCCUCCUCCCCCACCACCACCGCGGUCCAACCCUUUCGGUACCGCGAGACGUCGCCCCAAUCCUUUGGCAUGACGGCGCGCGACAUUCUCCUCGCGCCCUCUGACAAGGUCCUCAACGAGUACGCCGGGCUCAAAAAAUUCGCCUCCUUUCGCGACGACGAGAAGAAGCGUCGCGACCGCAAACACCUCGGGAAAAAGGCCCGCCUCCGGCAGUGGCGCCGCGACGUGUUUGGCAGGGAUUACGAGCGCACGGGGCCGACGUUUGGCUUUGAGCGGUUUGCUGAGGAGGGCGGGGCCGAAGGCGAGGGCAGUGGUUCGCAGCAGCAGCAGUGGAGGAGGGGAAAGCAUGAAAGCGCCGGCACAGGCAACGUCGUCGAGGGCGCGCGUGAAGAGGGUGAGCAAGCGGGCAAGAAGAAGAGGAAGCGCUCCAAGAGCAAAAAGGUGGCCGAGACAGAAGCGUAA